UGCUGUGAUUGGCUGAUGAGGUGUUGUCAGUUCCCUGUAGCCAGAAGUCAGAUUUUGCUUUAAGAGGACUGAAGCAGCACAAGACCGCAUCCAUCUGAUCUGCAGGUGAACCCCUUCAGGUAGCAGCUGAUCCCAGGGUCUCCAGGAGAACAGCAGCGGGAAACGGCAGCGCGGUCGCUGGUCUCAGAUCUGCGGAUUCUGGUGGAUAACGGAGGCUGAACCGGAGCACCGGGAGCCGAACCGGGACUGGACCGAGCCGCAGUGUGCCGGAGCGGCCAGCGGUGUGUCGGUGUGACGCUCUGCGGCUCCGGUUCUGCUGCAAGGAACGUGACGAGAAUCACAGCGGGUCGGCGGAGUGAGGUUGAUGAGGAUGAUGAUGAUGAUGACCGCCUCAGAGAAGAUGAAGAAGAAGCCUCCGAAGGACAGUCUGACUCUGCUGCCGUGCUUCUACUUUGUGGAGCUGCCCAUCGUGGCGUCUUCCAUGGUGUCGCUGUACUUCCUGGAGCUGACCGACGUGGUUCAACCCGCUCAGAUGGGUUUCCGCUGCCACGACCGAGACCUGAGCAUGCCGUACGUGGACGGAGGAGACGAGCUGAUCCCGCUGCUGAUGCUGCUGAGCCUCGCCUUCGCCGGCCCGGCCGCCUCGAUCAUGCUGGUAGAAGGAGUGAUUUACUGCCUGCAGUCCAGACUGAAGCUACGCAGAGCUGAAGGAAGCAUCAAUGCAGGAGGCUGCAGCUUCAACUCCUUCCUGAGGAGGACGGUCCGCUUCGUAGGUGUGCACGUGUUCGGUCUCUGUGCGACAGCGCUGCUCACUGACGUCAUCCAACUGUCAACAGGUUACCACGCCCCGUUCUUCCUCACCGUCUGUAAGCCCAACUACACGCUGGCCGGCGUGUCAUGUGAUAAAAACGCUUACAUCACUAAAGACAUCUGCUCAGGACACGACCAGCAUGCCAUCAUGGCCGCCAGGAAGACGUUUCCUUCCCAGCAUGCAACUCUGUCUGCCUUCGCUGCUGUUUAUGUUUCUAUGUACUUUAACUCCACCAUCUCGGACAGCACCAAGCUGCUGAAGCCCGUCCUCGUGUUCGCCUUUGCCAUCGCGGCAGCGUUGACGGGUCUGACUCAGAUCACGCAGCAUCGCAGUCAUCCCAUCGACGUUUACGUGGGCUUCCUCAUCGGAGCCUUCAUCGCUGCUUACCUGGCACUUCACGCUGUCGCCAACUUUAAGUCCUCUGAUGACAUCACACCGGCUCCGCCUCCCCCACCACCAAAGGAGGACCCUCUCCGAGUGCUGACGGAGCGAGGACACGAGUCCGUCUACAACAAGGGCCCCGCCUCCGCCUCGGAGAGUAACGAUGAGAUUGCGGUGGCUCCUGCCCCCAUGGACCGACUGGAGGGUCUUGGACCCCUGCAGAGGGAGAAGGGCUCCAUGGGGAGCCUGAAGAGGGCCAGUGUGGAUGUGGAGCUGCUGGCACCUCGGAGCCCAAUGGGGAAGGAGACCAUGCUGACUUUCAGUAACACACUACCGAGGGCCAGCAUGAAUGUUAACGGGGUGCUGGGGGUCAAUGAAGGGCCGCAGGAGCCAGUGCAGCCGGUGCAGCGACGACUGAAGGCUGUGCAGGUUCCCAUGGACCCUAUGCGGUCACAGCAGCUGGUGUCAGAGUGGAAGCAGAAGUCGAUGGAGAUGCGGAACCUGAGCGUCCGGGACGAGGCGGAGCGCGAAGCCAGCGAGGACGGGUCUGAGGUGGGCUCUGUUGGUACCGACGAUGGUGGGUCUCAGGUCCCCAUCUACCAGCCCGCAGUGCACUCUGGGAGGGCCAACUCCAGUCGCAACCCCACUCCACCUCCAGGGGGCGCCAAAGCUGUGGCGACUCCCAGACCACCACAGAUCCCUGAAGCAGGACCCCCACCAGUGUCCCCGAAGAGUGCCCUGACCCGCGCCAAGUGGCUGGCCAUCCGGGAGAAGACAGGCGUGGAGGCGUCUGCCCGCGGCGCCGCCAACCAGCCACGCCUGAUGCAGGUGAUUGCCAUGUCGAAGCAGCAGGGCCUCCUGCCGUCCUCCUCCUCUGGAGAGAAAUCCUCUGAGACCACCUCCACCUGCUCUGGCACCUCCUCCACUGCUGACUCGCCACACUACCACCCGUCCUCGGACAACCAGAGGGAAGGUUCUGGUAUCAUCACGGUGGAUGCUCACGCCCCCCACCAUCCUGUUGUCCAAGCCCCACCACCUCCGCAGGCCCCGCCCUUUGCAGGCAAGAACAACCCGUGGGAAUGGGCAGCGGCAUCCAAUGGUGGCGACCUGCGAGACACCUACGAUCUUAACAACUUAAACCGAGGAGACUCAGCUGCCCGUGGCAGCAGCUUCCAUCCACGCCGAUCCGCCUCGCCAUGUACCGCCCUUGAUGUGGCCCCGAUCCCUCCUCAGGUGGAGAUGUCCGCCGAUGCUCAGCGCAGGGAAAUGGCCAUGAGACGCAAGACAGCACUGGUUCUGUUGGAUCGAGAGAUUCGUAACCAGACUGAGCAGGAGAACUAUUAUAAGAGUCUGCAGGGACGCAGGUUCAAGGAUUAAUCUCGAACCUUUGAAAACAAGCCUUAUUCACAAACUCACUAACAGCGGCGAGGACGCAACGGUACACAUUUAUUGGGCUUCAUGUGACGAAGGCACAGCUGCAAGAAACCAUCGAGGCUCAACACUCUGGACAGUUUUCACUCCACAGGAACAACGUUUUUCAGAGUCCAGGGGGCUGCAGUGUCCGUCCUGUCCGCCACAGAGGGGCUCAUCAUGGAAAUACGUGUAUUAUAGUAAUUAUUCAGUUCAAGCACAUUGCAUACUCAAACUUUACAUUUAGAAAACACGUAAAAAGUCGAUGACGGGAGUCGGAGUCUUGCAGGGUGGGAGGUUCUGUAGAUACAGAAACUGUUCUGGUUCUGCCCUGACUGGUGAGAAUCAGCAACAGGUCAAUCAACUGAAGCACAAUGGCCCAAAAUCUGGUUCUUCUGCUGGGUUUAUUUGGUUACCUCGCAUAAAGAGUUCUGUCAGGAGGUCCAGGUGCUUUUAUCAAACCUCAGCGUCAUAUACAGACAGUCUGUGCUCGAUGCUGAGGUUCCCCGGUUCUCCACACUCCCAGUGUUCUGUCCACCGAGUCCAGUUCAGGAGGUCGAGUUCCUCCCGAGUCCAUCCUAGUGUCUGAUCGUUCUUUUACCAGACAAGCCACAGAACCAACAGGACCAACCUGAAGAACCUGAAGUCAAAGAGCACAGAGAUGAUUUCAGAUGUUUGCUCUGGAAGCAGCACAACUGGAACCCUGCAGCAGAACCAGAAACCUGCAACAGAACCAGAACCCUGCAGCAGAACUUUAGCCCUGCAGCAGAACCGAAACCCUGAAAUAAUACCUGAACACUGCAGCACAACCGGAACCCUGAAAUAGAACCGGAACCCUGAAGUAGAACCAGAACCCUGCAGCAGAACCUGGACCCUGCAACACAACCUGAACCCUGCAAUAGAACCUGAACCCUGCGGAGCUCCUACGUUAGGAUCCUCAGUGAGGAUUGGCAUCCACGUUGGCGCUCUCAGACUGUACAUUUCCCGGUUGCGUGUUGUUGCCUCUCUGUUGUGAUGGCUCGGUUGCUAUAGUGAUUCUCAGCAUGUUUGUUUGUUUGUGUGCUGCUCUCUGAUCGGUGGAGGUUAUGAGUCUGUUUGGAGUGUUGUGUUUCUGUGUGAGUGUGUAUUUAUUACUGAUGGACCAACAUGAGAUUCAAGAUUUCUAUGCUUCAGAAUUUAAAGAGGAACUCACUGAUUCUGUUUCAGUGCCCUCAAAUCUGCAAAGUCAACUCGGUUACGGCUGCUUCUGUCCGCUGAGAUAAACUCAGUGUUUUUGUAGUUUUUUUUUUUUUUUUUUUUUUUUUUAAGAAUUAUGUACAUUUUAGAUUCAGUAUGAAAAAUGCACAAAGGAGUAUUAAGGCCACUAUUUGGGAGAAAAUAGUACGUCUCAAACUGAAUGUGAGCAGACUGUUGGACUAAAUGAAUCCUGUUGCUCCUGGUUGUUUACAAUGAGGUUCUCUUGCUGUUUUUCUCCUCACAGUAGCUCCAAUACUCUUAGAACCAUAGAAGAACCAUCGCUGCUGCUUUCUGAGGCUCUGAAACCCAAUCAGAGAGCAAAUCUGUAAAUAUGAAGUACUGAUGAGCCAAUAAUGGGUCUGUUACUGUGUCUGUGUUGUUGCAUGUGAUCCAGUCUGAGCUAAAGUCAGACGUCUCUUCAUCUCUGAGAUCCAGAGGUUCUAAAAUCCUUAAAGACUGACUCAGCGUUCCCAUUUGAAUGUAAAACCAUGAAGCAUCAUUAUUCUUGAAUCUGUACAUUUUGUGCUGCUAUAAAAGAGUUGAAUCUGUUUCGGACUGAAGGCGAGUUCUGCAUGCUCUGUGGUCGUCAGGAUCAAAGCUCAAAUAAAAACCUCUUCUUCAUCA